GGGUCCGGCCCGGCAGGUUCAGUCGUUUGCCCGCGGCCCGGGGGGUGGCUGUGCCACGGGCUCCAGCCCUGUUUCCCUUGUGUGCCCAGCUCUCCUCCCCCUUUCCCUCUAAGGAUGGCCCAGAAGGAGAACGCCUACCCCUGGCCCUACGGCCGGCAGACGCACAUUCCAACUCGCUCCCUGGGACAAAGGCACCCUCAGAGCUCCCCACUGCUGCUCCUUCUCAGACUCAGCCUGGCCUGAACACCCUGCCCCAGAGAGUCCUCCGGAAGGACCCUGCCACCCCAUCUGCGCUUGUCCUCAUGAGCCGCUCCAAUGCCCAGCCCACAGCUGCCCCUGGCCAGAAGGUGGUGGAGAACAGCAGUGGGACACCCAACUUCUCAACGCGCUCCUUCACCAUUGACGACUUUGAGAUCGGGCGUCCUCUGGGCAAAGGCAAGUUUGGAAACGUGUACUUGGCUCGGGAGAAGAAAAGCCAUUUCAUUGUUGCUCUCAAGGUCCUCUUCAAGUCUCAGAUAGAAAAGGAGGGCGUGGAGCACCAACUGCGCAGGGAGAUCGAAAUCCAGGCCCAUCUGCAACAUCCCAACAUCCUGCGUCUCUACAACUAUUUCUAUGACCGGCGAAGGAUCUACUUGAUUCUGGAGUACGCCCCCCGCGGGGAGCUCUACAAGGAACUGCAGAAGAGCCGCACUUUUGACGAGCAGCGAACAGCCACGAUCAUGGAAGAACUGGCAGAUGCUCUGAUGUACUGCCAUGGGAAGAAGGUGAUUCACAGAGACAUAAAGCCGGAGAAUCUGCUCUUGGGGCUCCAGGGAGAGCUGAAGAUCGCUGACUUUGGCUGGUCUGUGCAUGCCCCAUCCCUGAGGAGGAAGACGAUGUGUGGUACCUUGGACUACCUGCCCCCAGAAAUGAUUGAAGGGCGCACGCACAACGAGAAGGUGGAUCUGUGGUGCAUCGGAGUCCUCUGCUAUGAGCUGCUGGUGGGAAAUCCGCCCUUCGAGAGCGCUUCCCACAAUGAGACGUAUCGGCGCAUCGUCAAGGUGGACCUGAAGUUCCCCGCCUCUGUGCCCGUGGGAGCCCAGGACCUCAUCUCCAAGCUGCUCAAGCAUAACCCCUCAGAACGGCUGCCCCUGGCCCAGGUCUCUGCGCACCCUUGGGUCCAGGCCCACUCCCGGAGGGUGCUGCCUCCCUCCGCCCUUCAGUCUGUCCCCUGACUUGUCCCUGUCAGUUGUGUCUGUUUGUAUGCCCGUGUAUGUGGGGUUGGAAGGAAGAGUACCUGGCCUGUUUCCUUGACUUGUCUUCUACCUCCUUUUUAUUUAAUAAAGUCUGAAGCUUUUUAUACGGAUGAAUUUAGAUGCUUUACAGACAGGUGGAGACUGCUGAGGGGUGGGGGCGCUGGUGGGUGAGGAUUGCCCCUGCUCAACUCUCCCUGGCCACACCCACCCUUGCCCUGGUCAGCUUCCUGCUCUCCCCACCCCUGUCUCCCGUUGUUUCUUCCCCUGCUCUGGCUGCUGGAGCCUCGGCUCCCCUUGGCUGCUGCUGAACCCCAGCUGCACCUCUAGUCUUUCUUUCUGGUUCAGCCCCUGCUAACCUAGGAGCCACUGAACAUGGCCUUCCCCUAGAAGCUGUCUUUGUUUUACUGCUCUGCUCAGGAUCUAGCACAGGACACAGAGAGGUCGCAGAGUCCACCAAAAGUCACAGAGCUAGUAAGUGGGGAGAGCCCAGUUUUAAAGUCCAUAUUCCUUAAUGCUGUGCUAGGAUGGUGUAUUGAUUACUUUUGGGCAGCACACACAUUUAUUUUAUGUGCCUAUGGAUCACAGAUCUGGAACAAGGAAUUGCAGUUUUUACCGUUACUGUGUAGUCCAGGAAAAAAAGGUGCCUUACCAGAUUAAGAAAGGGUUUGGUUUUUGGUGUCCUGACUAGAUGUUGACUUUCAUCAAAGGCUUUCUCUUCGUCUGCUGGUUACUUACUCUUUUAAUCACAAUCAUGUGAGGUAGGGGAAUAAAUUUUCUUUUUUAGACUUCA